AAAUCGCCUCUCCCCGGUUUCUAUCGAUUGAGAGACUGGAAAACGUGUGUCGACCGUAUUGUACGAGUGGUCUAUGUACAUAGCAGUUGAUAAGGUUAUGGUACGGCCGUGCUGGCUCGCUCCGUCGCCUCUGCGGAAACUCGAAAUUCUGUGGGCGUCCCUAAUUAUGAAUUUGUCGAUGGAAUCGAGACGCAUACAUGUGCAAUUAUCGACGGCACGUGCGCCUGUUUACCGAAACGCCCUCGUCGCUUAUCUCUUAGAUUGAGAUUGUGAAGCAGUCGCAGCUCAUUGUCCCCUCUACUCUGCGGCCUACAACACUUCAUUGCCGCAGUCGAGCAGCGCCAGUUACAUCACGUCAGCAACAGGCGCGUUAUUAGCAGGCGCUUGCUUCUUACACCACAAGGUGGCCCUUGAUUAGCGUCAUCCGUUUGUUAUCCUGGCAGUGUGCGGCUACAUUGCUCGCUCGACGACGACAGGUGAACGUUUGAUAUUGGAGUAAUCAGUUGGACCGACAUCUUCGGGUUGGAGCAGUCGGGAAAGGAGAGAGGAACUCGGAUUUAGUUGUUGACCGCAAUGGCUGGUCUGAUCGACCGAGCGCGGGUUAGAUUAUUCGGGCAGAAAGUUCAGAGACCGAGCAAGGACGGGUGUAGUUUGAGAGGUUCUUCGGCGACGCUUCCUCUCUCUGGUGACACGUUCACGAUGCGGCUCAUGCGGCCGGAAAUGCGACAGCUACAUCGAGAGAGAGCGAGGCGACUCGAGUCGGAUGCAUCCAACAGUAGCAGCGAUUUCGACUCUGACGCCGUUUGUCGUCCUCCGCAUGUUCGCACGUAUCGACGGCGUACGUCGCAUAAGUCGAGGUCGGAUCGAGCGAGACAGUCGUGGUGCGGCGCAGACUCGGCCGUUGAACGUGCGCCGAACGGUGACAGGGUGCCGACCUCGCCCGCGCUCUGCGAGAACGACGCGGUGAUACUACGCCAACCCGCGCUCAACCGAUGCCAUCGAGCGGAGAUCAGCUACAGCGUCAGUCUCGACGACAUCGAUGAUAUCAAGCCAGUGGACGAGGACAACCUACUCGCUGAGAUAGACAGAAUUCAAGCCGAGCUGAGUCGAAAGGAGAAAGAACUAGAAACGUGUCUAAAACGAGACUCGACUGCCAGCACGUCGGACGGUGACAGUGGCAUUGGGGGGAUUCUCACUCCAGCGUUGAGUCAGAGUGACACAAUUGACUGUAUCUCGACCAAUGCGGAUCCUCCAGACAAACACGAACGCACGGCGAGAUCUAAAACAGUUCGCUUCCAUUUCCCAGACGACGAACAAGACGAGGAGUGGGAAGAUGCGUGUGGAGAUGCAGGUCUGUCGUCUCUAUCGGAAGAGACGUCAGACGAGGAAGGUCUGGAUGCAGACGAAGAAUACCUAGGGAGGAUCUAGACAAUGUAGGAGCCCCCCACGCUAUCUAUACUUCCCUAGUCUUGUACAUAUUAUGUGUAUGAAUGUAUUCUAAGGUCAGAUUCGAGAGCUUUAUUUUAUAUUUCAUGUAAAGCAAGAGACAGUGAAUAGAAUUAUCGCAGAACAGAAUGCAUACAAAA